AUCCUGGGACCGCGUAAAACCACAGCUCAAAUAUUAAUGUCACCGUUAUUGUUAAUGUUGAUUCUAAUGUUUAGAUGAAUCUCACCUGGAUACAUGUCUGAUCAAAAUUUAUACAUAUUAUAAGAGAGCCUUACUAAUGGAUAUAUCCAAUGGCACAUCUUGUAAAGCUGGGAGCUUUAACAGAUGAACUUGUUACAUUAAUCACUUCCUUCUCCUCGCAGGUAAAUAUGUCAUUUGAUUCUAAUAUCUUGUUCAAUGCGUCGAAGUUCCCAAAGCCGAUGAGCUGACCAAGUUAGUCUGAUUCUGCCAGGUUCAAUACUUGUCGAGAAACUGCUCUUCGAGCUCUCAGGCAUAGUAACUACAAUCGAACGAACCAAUUCGAUAUUGCAGAUCGACUCGAGGGGCUUGACGAAAAGUUUCGAGUCUACAAUGAAGAUCCACUCGCAGAUGCGCUCAAGGAGCGUCUGCAAAAAUUGCCUGAAUUAAAGUUAAAAUGGACAUCCGAAAUUCUCCACCUACUUCUUGAAUUGUCGAAUAAGCCGGUCUCCAAAUCCAGGAUUGAAGAUCUAGAAUUGAUAAAAAUAAUAGAUCCCAAAAUAGAACCUCCAUUGAAAUGGCGAGAUCUUGUAGCUGAGGAUCCUUUACUACGAGAAAAAAGUAUUUGGCGAAAUGUCGAUUUCGGGGCGGAUAGUUCUGAAGAUGAUGAUGACGGUGGCUUUGAGGAUACUCGAUCAGAAUUGUCAGAGUUGACUGGAUCAACGGGAGAAUCGAGCUUGGAUGAUGACAACAUUAGGAGGCCCCAAGAUUUCAUUGUGAAUACACUUGAUGAGGACACUUUGAAUAAUUUGAGGAAGGCACAGUUUUGGCAGAAACCACCAAGCGUGAAUGGCGUCCAGCUAAAGACUGUUAAAAAGCCUAUCACCGAACUUCAGGCCGUCCGAGAAGUUCUCUUUAUGUUUACUGGAUCAUUGAGCUCUCUUUUCGAAAUGGACUCACAUGAUGUUCGGAAUCUUAAACCUUCGAAGCGUUAUACUUUCAAGCAUUUGACUACGGAAGGUUAUGAUGUGCUAAUGCAAAACUUCGCGACUCAAGGCUCAGCGUUGAAUAUUCUUCGAGCCUGGGUAAAACAACCCCAACAUGUGCCGCUACUACAGGUUUUGCAAUCAUCUAUUUCUCAGCGCCUUAUGAAUUUCGACACUAGGUUGUCCAACAUUGAAAGAAGAUUUGUCGCUCCACCGUCAGAUGUGGUUGUAAGUCUUUUGAGUCUACAGAAUGAAAUAGCAGAUUUUACAAAGCCUCUCAGCAGACUUACCGACCUUAUCAAACGAAUUGAGCUCGAUCCAUAUGCCCAUGCUUUUCGUUAUCUUGAGUUCCUAUAUGACGAAACUUGUACGUCUCAGAUGGCUGGAGACAAUGACAUGUAUGAAUUUAUGGGUAAGAUUUUUUUUCAGUGCUUUCAAAUCUAUCUACGGCCGAUUCGAUCAUGGAUGGAGGAAGGCGAGCUUAGUAGUGGCGACAACGUAUUCUUCGUCUCUGAAGUUAUUGGUAACACAGAUCCAUCUUCAAUUUGGCAGUCUCGCUUUAAGCUACGCAAGACUCAGACUGGUGUUUUACAUGCUCCGAGUUUCCUUCAAACUGCUGCUGAAAGGAUAUUCAAUACUGGCAAAAGUGUUGUUGUAUUGAAGCAUUUGAGUCAAUUCGAAUCAGUACGAUCAAAGAGAAUGAUAGAACCGAAACUCGACUUUGAUUCAGUAUGCAAUACCAAGAAAUUCUUCUUGGCCCCUUUCUCCGAAUUAUUCGAUGUAGCAUUCGAAAACUGGAUCAAAAGCAAACAUCAUCACACUUCUAACAAGUUACGACAAACCCUCUUCGAUUCUUGUGGCUUACAUAGUGCCCUCGAUGCCUUAGCUCAUGUUUACUUCAUUGCCGAUGGCAUCUCUUCCUCGAGCUUUAUGUCAUCGGUUUUCGAUAAGCUAGACACAUUAGAUGCUUCAUGGAAUGAUCGCUUUCCAUUGACAGAGCUCGCACAGAGUACGAUUGGUUCCCAUCCAUCCAUAAUUUCAGAACGACUUCGAUUGCGCAUCCGACCUCUUUCGCAAAGGAGUCGAGAUAUCAAUAAAUGCAGAAGAUCAGUUAAGGUCUUGUCCAUAAUCGAACCCAUAUAUCACCUCUCAUGGCCUAUUCAAAUAAUAAUCACUCCACAAACAAUUCCCUCAUAUCAAAGAAUCUUUACCUUUCUCUUCCAAAUUCGUCGUAGUUCCCACAUUCUUUCCCGAGAACGUCUCAUCUCCGAUCGCCACAAUCUAACCAGUACCACUGAUGAACGUUCUCUAUAUUACGCCCUCAGAACCCGUUCACUGUGGUUCUAUUACACUCUAUACUAUUAUCUCACAUCCCUGGUCCUCGAACAACGCUCUCAGAAAAUGCAUCAAGAUCUCCAGGAUGUCGAAGACAUCGAUGCAAUGAUUCGCGUUCAUACAUUGUUCGUUAAACGUAUCACGGAUGAAUGUCUCCUAGGUACUAAACUCGAACCCAUCCAUAAAACUAUCAUCAAAAUACUCGACCUAGGCAUCAAAUUAGAGGAUGCCCAAGCGGCAAAUACAGCAAAGAGGAAAGAAGCAUUGGAAAAACAACAGGAAAUCCUAGAUCUUUCCCUAGCAUCCCUAGAUCUCCCUCCUACCCCGCGGACAUUGAAAAAUUCAAGGAUGAGCAUGAGUAUGAGCAUGAACACGAGAAUGAGAAUGAGUCCCGCGAAGCAAAGGGACGAAAACGAAAACUCAGAAGAUGAAAUGGAAGUAGAUUUAAGUAUCCUAUCACCGGGAAUAGAUCACAAUGAGGAAUCAUACGUACAGAAAUUAGAGAGUAUGAAAGGGGAAUUUGACAGAUUGGUUCGGUUUGUAGGGAGUGGGUUGAGGGGAGUAGCGAGAGCGAGUGGAGGGGAGGAGGCAAAGGGGUGGGAUGUGCUGGGGGAAAUGAUUGAGGCCGGGGUCGAUGCUUAGGUUUUUUUUUGGGCUAGUGGUUGGUGGGGGAUUUAACAUUAGGUGGAAGAUUAGGUGUAGGAUGGAAGAUGGAUGGAUUAAGUUGAUGAUUUGUGAAAGUUGUAGUUAUACUUCUUUAUAUCUGACUGAACUUAAAUUGAUAUCCUUCUACUUAGGUACUCGUAGGUAUUCACAUCGUGGAUUAUUGGAUGGGAUGUAUCAAAGAGUUUAGCGAUUAAUCAAUUAAUCAAUUAAAGUAGAG